AUGCUGACAAUGAUUACGGCCCGGAAAGCUCUAGAGUGCUUGGACGAAGGUCAAAUCAAUCUCAAGCAAUGGGUGCAACCCCUGGUUGCCGAGAACAACGCCCAGGCAAUCAAGGACCCGCGUCUGGACGCUCCAAACGACCUCAUCCUCAAGCUCACACGCUUCGCCCUCUCCUGCACCGCCACGCCCGUGGCCACCCGCCCCUCCAUGGCGCGCAUUCUCUCCGACCUCAUCGCCACGAAGGAGGAGUUCCUAGGCCCGGACCCCGACCCCCUGGUGGUACGGAUUGACAGCGAUUUGGAGAACCGCCGCGGGCCGAGCUUUUCAAGGGAGAUUCGGAGGGCGGAGGAGGUGGCUUCAUGGGGUGGAGGGGCUUCGGAGUCGAGCGGUGCUAUGGGGUCGAGUGGGGUGGUGGGGAGUGGGGCUAUGGGAUCAUCAACCAGCUUUGAUGUCUGA